AUGCCGCCGCACGACCGUCGGGCGCCGCCGGGCCGCCGGAUGCUGGCGCUGCCGACGGUGUGCCCGUGCGAGGCCAUCGCCCCGGGCACGCUGCUGGCGUCGCUCGUCGCUCUCGUGGCCGAGGUCGCCCGCCACGACGCCGCCGCGCUCCCCGUGCUCCGCCGAGGGGCCGGCGAGGCCCUGCGCGUCACCCGCGUCCUCCUCGCGUUCCUCGAGGAGGUCCGCGAGGCGGCGGCGGAGCCCCUGCCGGACGCGUCGGUGCUCGGCCUGUCCGAGCUCCACGUCGCCAUGCAGAAGCUCCGGUUCCUGCUCGCGGACUGCUCCAGGCGAGGGGCGAGGCUGUGGGUGCUCAUGAACGCCGACCUCGUCGCCUCCGAGCUCCGGGUGGUCCUCUGCUCGGUCGCCACGGCCUUGGACGUCCUGCCGGCGGACGUGGUCGGGGCGUCCGUCGAGGCUGGAGAGCUCGCGAGGCUCCUGUCUCAGCAGGCGUGGCGCGCGCCGGUGUGGCCGGACGAGGACGACGGGCGCGCGACCCGGAGCGUGCGCUCCAUGCUCGCGCUGUUCAGGAGCCGCGCCACGCCGCACGCGGAGGACGCGAUGAUGGUGCUCGGCCGCGUCGGCAUCACCAGCUGGUGCGACUGCGCCGAGGAGGCCGCUUUCCUCGAGGCCGAGCUGCUGGACCGCCUGGAGGACGGCCGCGAGAACGACAACGACCUCGUGCUCAUCAGCGGCCUCAUGGCGUUCCUCGUCUACUGUCGCGUCGUCUUGUUUGACACCGUUGAUGCCAAGAAAGCUGACGCGGCAGCGCCCGGGUCAAGGCCGGCAUCGAGCUGCGCGGCGUGGACUAGCCAGGAGGCGCUGCAAUGCCCGAUCAGUCUCGAGCUGAUGACUGACCCGGUGACCGUGACCACCGGCCAAACUUACGACCGGACGUCCAUCAAACGGUGGAUCAAGAGCGGCUGCCGGACGUGCCCUGUUACCGGCGAGAAGCUCCGUAGCACCCAGUUCGUGCCGAACGUAGCCGCGCGCGGCAUUGUCGAGCAGCUGCUCCUGGCCAAUGGGACGCCGCUCCACGAGCAGCAGAGCAGCAAGCACCGGUGCGCGGUCGAUAAGACCGUCUCGGCGUUCGGCCCGGCCGCGGCCGGCGGCGUGCGUCUCGCCGUGACCUUCCUUAUUGCCAGGCUCUCCAGGGGCACGCCCGAGGAGCAGAAGAAGGCGACGCACGAGGUGCGGAAGCUGGCGAAGCGCAACGUGUACCACCGCGCGUGCCUCGUGGAGGCCGACGCCGUGCCGUGGCUCCUCCACCUCGUCUCCUCGAUGGACGCGUCCGUCCAGGACAACGCCAUCGCCUGCCUCCUCAACCUCUCAAAGCACGCGGCCGGGCGGAGCGCGCUCGUGGAGGCGGGCGGGCUCGGGCUCGUCGUCGACGCCGUCAACGUCGCGGCCAAGGUGGAGGCGCGGCAGAACGCGGCGGCCAUCCUGUUCUACCUCUCGCCGAACAGCGAGUACUGCCAGGAGAUCGGCCGCAUCCCGGAGGCCAUCCCGACGCUGGUGCGCCUGAUGAGGGACGGCACCUACCGCGGCCGCAAGAACGCGCUGGUGAGCCUCCACGGGGUGCUCCACGGCGCGAGCAGCAUCGGGAAGGCGGUGACCGCCGGCGCCGUGGGCGUGCUCGCCAGCCUCCUGCCCGGCGACCGCGAGGACCUGGCGAACGACGCCGUCGCCCUGCUCGCGAGGAUCGCCGAGCAGCCGGCCGGCGCGACGGCCAUCCUGGCCAGCUCGGAGCUCGUCACGAGCCUCGUCGACUUCCUCGGCGCGUCGGCGUCUCGGUCGGGGAAGGACCACUGCGUGGCGCUGCUGGCCUCGCUGUGCCUGCACGGAGGGGACAAGGUCGUCGCCCUCAUGGGCAAGAUGACUGCGCUGAUGCCCGCGCUGUACGCGCUCAUCGCCGACGGCAGCCCUCUGGCGAACAAGAAGGCGAGGUGGCUCAUUAACGAGAUCCACCGGGUCUACGAGCAGCGCCAGCCGCCGCCGCCGGUGGCGCCGCCGGCCGGUAACCGUGUCAUUCGAGUAUAG